AUGAGUAAUACCCAAAGAUUGAUGGCAACAUCUAUGAUGGUGAAAGAUGAAGAAAAAGUUGACUUGUUCUUCAGUUUAGAUGAGAAUGACAAGAUGGAGUGGGUUUCUUUGCUAUUGGAAGUGGUGGUUCUCACCACUACCUCACUUGCCGACCACUACAAACCACCAGGUAAUCCCGGCCACAAACCACCCACCGCAGAAGUAGAAGAUGGUAAAAAACCACCAAAGGGACCAAAACCACCACCAAAACACAAACCACCAACCCCACUAGAUAUUGAAGUAGAAGAUGGCAAAAAACCUCCCAAAGGGCCAAAACCACCACCAAAACACAAACCACCAACCCCUGAAGAAUUUGAAGUAGAAGAUGGAAAGAAACCUCCCAGGGGCCCAAAACCUCCACCAAAACACAAGCCACCAACCCCUGAAGAAUUUGAAGUAGAAGAUGGAGAGAAACCUCCAAAGGGCCCAAAACCUCCACCAAAACACAAGCCACCAACCCCUGAAGAAUUUGAAGUAGAAGAUGGCAAAGAGCCCCCAAAGGGACCAAAACCACCACCAAAACACAAGCCACCAACCGCGUAG